UAUAAGAAUUGAAAGACACUUUUGUGAAACUCCAAUCUUUUUUCCUCUAAAUUCUGUGGGAGGUGUUAAAAGUUAAUUGUGGAAAAAAUAUUCAACAUUACUUCCUAUCUUGGUGAAAAUGAAGACUGAACUUGGAUUUCAAGGCUGAGCAGAAGUACUUUGCAACAGCCACCUGACUCUUGGCUUUAGUCCAGUUGGAUACAGUUGAUACCUGUAAACAAAUCCUUGAAUCCAGUGACUGCUGAGAGAUCCAAGAAUGCCAGUCAAGAAGAAAGAUACUGAUCGAGCUUUAAGACUGUUGGAAGAAUAUUGCAGAAAAUUAAGGAAACCGGAGGAGCAGCUGCUGAAGAAAGCUGUCAAAAAAGUGAUGGGAAUCUUUAAGAGCUCCUUAUUUCAGGCUUUACUGGAUAUUCAAGAAUUUUAUGAAGUAACAUUGUUAAACUCUCAAAAAAGCUGUGAACAGAAAAUACAAGAAGCAAAUCAAGUUGCAGAGAAAUUAGAAAAGAAAACAUUUCUUGUGUCAACCCAUGAAAGUCUUCAAAAAGCUUCAGCAGAGCUAACAGGUUUCAGUGGAUCAGAGGGAAAUGCUUUAUGUGAUGAACAAAAUAAAGAGAACCAGUGUUUGGAAAAUCAGACUGAUGACAAGAAGAUAAAGCACAACCAAGGAAAAUGCCCAGCCCAGAACUGCUCAGUGGAACCUCCUGCCUGGAUGCCUGUUCACCACUGUACUAAGUAUCGCUAUCAAGAUGAAGAUGUUCCACAUGAUCAUACUUUACCUCGUCUAACCCAUGAAGUAAGAGGACCUGAACUUGUUCAUGUGUCUGAGAAGAACCUGUCACAAAUAGAAAAUGUGCAUGGAUAUGUUUUGCAGUCCCACAUUUCUCCUCUGAAGGCCAGCCCUGCUCCUAUUAUUGUCAACACAGAUACUUUGGAUACUAUUCCUUAUGUCAAUGGAACAGAAAUUGAAUACGAAUUUGAAGAAAUCACGUUGGAGAGGGGCAAUUCUGGGCUGGGAUUCAGUAUUGCUGGAGGCACAGAUAAUCCCCAUAUUGGAGAUGAUCCUGGCAUAUUUAUUACGAAGAUUAUACCAGGAGGAGCUGCAGCAGAGGAUGGCAGACUCAGGGUCAAUGACUGUAUCUUGCGGGUGAAUGAGGUGGAUGUCUCAGAAGUCUCCCAUAGUAAAGCAGUGGAGGCACUAAAGGAGGCGGGUUCGAUAGUCCGACUGUAUGUCCGUCGAAGGCGGCCUAUUUUGGAGACAGUUGUAGAAAUCAAACUUUUCAAAGGUCCUAAAGGUCUAGGCUUCAGUAUCGCAGGAGGUGUGGGCAAUCAACACAUCCCUGGAGACAACAGUAUUUAUGUUACUAAAAUCAUAGAUGGAGGCGCAGCACAGAAAGACGGACGUUUGCAAGUAGGAGACAGACUACUAAUGGUAAAUAACUACAGUCUAGAAGAAGUCACACAUGAAGAAGCUGUAGCGAUAUUGAAGAACACUUCAGAUGUAGUUUAUCUAAAAGUUGGCAAACCAACCACCAUUUAUAUGACAGAUCCUUAUGGCCCACCUGAUAUUACUCACUCUUAUUCUCCACCAAUGGAAAAUCACAUUCUCUCUGGCAACAAUGGCACUUUAGAGUACAAAUCUUCCCUGCCACCCAUCUCUCCUGGAAGGUACUCACCAAUUCCAAAGCACAUGCUUGUUGAGGACGACUACACCAGGCCUCCUGAACCCGUUUACAGCACUGUGAACAAACUGUGUGAGAAACCUUCUUCUCCUCGGCACUAUUCUCCAGUUGAGUGUGACAAAAGCUUCCUCCUCACAUCUCCCUACCCCCACUACCACAUGGGCCUCCUCCCGGAUACAGAGAUCACCAGUCACUCUCAGCACAGCACUACGACUCGUCAGCCCUCAAUGACUCUGCAGCGAGCCAUCUCCCUGGAGGGUGAGCCUCGGAAAGUUGUCCUGCACAAAGGCUCCACAGGGCUGGGCUUUAACAUUGUGGGCGGAGAAGAUGGAGAAGGUAUCUUCGUAUCCUUUAUUCUAGCUGGAGGACCAGCAGACCUGAGUGGGGAGCUCCAGAGAGGAGACCAGAUUCUUUCCGUGAACGGCAUUGACCUUCGUGGUGCCUCCCACGAGCAGGCUGCAGCAGCCCUAAAGGGGGCAGGGCAGACGGUGACGAUCAUAGCACAAUACCAACCUGAAGAUUACGCUAGAUUCGAGGCAAAAAUCCAUGACCUACGAGAGCAGAUGAUGAACCACAGCAUGAGUUCUGGGUCCGGCUCCCUGAGAACCAAUCAAAAACGCUCACUCUAUGUCAGAGCCAUGUUUGACUAUGACAAGAGCAAAGAUAGCGGACUCCCAAGUCAAGGACUGAGCUUCAAAUAUGGUGACAUUCUCCAUGUUAUCAAUGCUUCUGAUGAUGAGUGGUGGCAAGCCCGAAGGGUGACUCUAGAGGGAGACAGUGAGGAGAUGGGUGUCAUCCCCAGCAAAAGGAGAGUGGAAAGAAAGGAACGUGCUCGAUUGAAGACAGUGAAGUUUAAUGCAAAGCCUGGUGUGAUCGAUGCCAAAGGGUCAUUCAAUGACAAGCGUAAAAAGAGCUUCAUCUUUUCACGAAAAUUCCCAUUCUACAAGAGCAAGGAGCAGAGUGAGCAGGAAACCAGUGAUCCAGAACGAGGACAAGAGGACCUCAUUCUUUCUUACGAGCCUGUCACAAGGCAGGAAAUUAAUUAUACUAGGCCAGUUAUUAUUCUGGGUCCUAUGAAGGACCGGAUCAAUGAUGACUUGAUAUCAGAAUUCCCUGACAAAUUUGGCUCCUGUGUGCCUCAUACCACAAGGCCAAAGCGUGACUAUGAGGUGGAUGGUAGAGACUAUCAUUUUGUCAUUUCAAGAGAGCAAAUGGAAAAAGAUAUCCAAGAGCAUAAGUUUAUAGAAGCCGGGCAGUACAAUGAUAAUUUAUAUGGAACCAGCGUUCAAUCUGUGCGAUUUGUUGCAGAGAGGGGCAAACACUGCAUACUGGAUGUAUCAGGAAAUGCUAUCAAGCGGUUACAAGUCGCACAACUCUAUCCCAUUGCCAUCUUCAUUAAGCCGAAGUCAUUGGAGCCAUUGAUGGAGAUGAAUAAGCGUCUCACAGAGGAACAAGCCAAGAAAACCUAUGACCGAGCUAUCAAGUUAGAGCAAGAAUUUGGAGAGUAUUUUACAGCUAUUGUUCAAGGUGAAACCUUAGAAGAUAUAUAUAACCAAUGCAAACUUGUUAUCGAAGAACAAUCCGGCCCUUUCAUCUGGAUCCCUUCCAAGGAGAAGUUAUAAAUUAGCUGCUGCACCUCUGAUGAUGACAGAAGAGUAUUUAGAAGAAAAAAAAUAUAUAAUAUACUACGUGGAGGCUUUUAUGUUUUUGUUGCAUUUAUGUUCUUGCAGUCAAUGUGAAUUUUUAUGAAUGUACAACACAACGUGUGUGAAGCCAUGAAGGAAACUGAGGGGCCAAAAGGUAGAAACGCAAGGACUUUUGCCGUAUGUGGGAAAGAUGUCAUGUGCUCAAAGUGCCAGGUGUAGGUAUGGAUUUCUGAUGGGGCUCUCUGUCCAGAGGUUCGAGCCGCCUCCUCGACUCAGUGGGCACCCCAACCUGUGGUAAUGGCUGAGUACUGUGUGUUGAUUGCUUUAAAGAAAAGUUCCCAGCUCUUGAACCUCACCAAGUUUGUCAUUACACAUCUGUAAUUGGUACACAUGGAAUUUUGUAACUAUGCACAUCCUUUGAUUUCUUAGCAAAAAGAGACAACGAUUAAAAAAAAUCAGAAAGAAAGGAAAUGGUUCCCUUCAAAGACACCAUUGCAUCGGGAAGUGGUGACCAUGUAGUUGUUUUGACUGGUACCUGCAAAGGAAAGCAUUCCAUGAAAUUGUCAAGUGUCUGGAGCAUUUACCUUAUUGAUGAUGGGGGUGGGGGUUCCAUCUGGGAAUAGCUUUAUGAUUUUUGAUUGUCUAUUUUACCAUUUAUAUACUGAAAGAAGGCACUUAAAGAUGGAAUAAUUUAUAAAAUAAAAUUAUAUUAAAUGUAUAGAAA